UUAAUUAAUUUUUUUGUGCAAAUUCUCUCCAGACAGAGGCGGUCUAAAACACAAACCUCAAACGACAACAACAAUGGAACCAAACGAACACCAACUCAGCUCCUACUUUAACCCCUCCACCACCACCGCCGCCGCCGCCUUGUCUCCGACCAAUGGCCUCGCCGGCGGCCCAAACACCCACCAACAACAGCUCUCCUCCGCCGACAACAACAACAACAUGGUCUACACUCCUCACUCCUCCUCCGCCGCCGCCGUGCCUCCGCCCUCGUCAGCCGUGACGUCACCGCUGGAGCCGGCGAAGAGGAAGCGCGGGAGGCCCAGGAAGUACGGCACGCCCGAGCAGGCCUUGGCGGCCAAGAAGGCCGCGACGACGUCGUCUCACUCCUCGUCUUCUAAGGAGAAGAAGGAGCAGCAGCAGCAGCAGCAGCAACACGGCGGCGGCUCAGCCUCGCCGUCUUAUUCUGGGUCCACCAAGAAAUCUCAGCUCUCUGCUCUUGGCAAUUCAGGGCAAGGUUUUACACCACAUGUUCUAACUGUGGCUGCAGGAGAGGAUGUGGGCCAGAAAAUCAUGGUUUUUAUGCAACAGAAUAAGCGUGACAUAUGCAUUCUGUCCGCUUCUGGUUCAAUCUCAAAUGCAUCUAUUCGCCAGCCAGCUACUUCAGGAGGCAACAUUACAUAUGAGGGUCGCUUUGAGAUCAUUUCACUGUCUGGAUCUUAUGUAACUGACCAAGCUGGAAAGACUGGUGGGCUCAGUGUGUGUCUCUCCAAUACAAAUGGGCAAAUCAUUGGGGGUGGAGUUGGUGGACCACUGAAGGCUGCAGGCCCUGUUCAGGUUAUUGUUGGUACUUUUCUGAUUGAUAACAAAAAGGAAAAAGUCGAGGCUUCUAUGCCCAGGAUGCCAUCGCCAGGUGGUGGAGCAUCUAUGAUGAAUGUAGGUUUCCGCUCAACGGUGGACUCUUCUGGAAGAAAUAUGGUCAGGGCAAAUGAUGAACAACAGCAAGCUAUUGGCGGAAGUCAUUUCAUGAUCCAGGGCAUGCAUGGAUCCACAGAUUGGAGGACUGGUCCAGAUGCCAGAAGCACUGGUGCUUAUGAAUUGGCAGGAAGAGGUGGUCGUGCAGCCCACCAAUCUCCAGAAAAUGGGGACUAUGAUCAAAUUCCAGAUUAGGGAUUGUUUUUGAGAUUUGAAAGCUGUUUUGUCUUAGAUAGAGAGAUGUAUAAUACAUAUCUGCACUUUUUGUCAGCCUAUGCUGCCUGUAGCGUGCACCAUACAUUAGAGAUGAUGGCUUAUAAAAGUUCCAUACAUGUGACACUGGUGAUUGAGAUAUUUUUCUGCCUUCAAUAUUGCUCAUUGUGUGUUUUAUGCUGAA